CACGGUGGGCGAAAGUGCUUUUCGGACUUGAUUCCGGUGGCGAUCAUUCGAUCGAAGUGUGAGCUCCGCUCUUUAGUCUCUAACGCGAUAUACUGAAUUGGGGAGUGUGCCUAGUAGGUGUCCUUACUGGAGUGGAAGAAAGUAUGGCUUUGAAGGCUUGUUUGUGAUGCGUAUACCACCUUACAUGAAACGUUUCGCUGCACAUUGGGAAAGCCGAUGUUAUUUUUUUUAGUGUUUUGAUUAUUAUUGCCUUCAACUCAAACUUAGUUGCUAUUGUGGGGUAAAUAGUUGCGAAUUAUGUGCAGAUUUUUUUUUGAUGUUUUGCUACAAUUGCUAACUGAAUCGAGGCGCGCUUUUCGAUGAGCACCGGAAUUUAGUAGUUUGAGUUGGCGGAAAAGUGAUAUGCACCAAAUUGGUAUAACUAAACCUGAUUGGUGAAUGAAGGUAAACCCAUAAUAGCGUUUCCCGGAUUAAUUUUUUUCAUACUCGGACUGUACCAAUCUGCGGAUCGUUGUUGCAACUGGAUUGUAUUCAGCUCCAUCGACGGCGGAGGAAGCUCAAACCUGUAUCGGUUGCAAUUGAAAAGUGUCCCACAUUGCGGGUUUUUGCUUACUCAGGUGUUUAUUGUGCAUUCUGUCUCUUCCGAUGUACAGCUCUGUGUGACGUCUCCCUAGCUUGGUGAUCCAAAAAGACUGAUCGGAAGUGUUCCUCCCGUAUUAGUGUCUGUGAAUGUGUUUAUCGUUUAUGCAGUUGCUGAUUGGAUCUAAAUAGGAAAAUUGCAAAUAGCUUGACAACUGGAACAUCGUUGAAAAUUGAACAACUGUUGAACGAGUUGGAGUGAAUGAUAGCUAGCACAGCUUUAAAUGUUUACAAAUAUAUUGAGUGAUUUCAUCUGGAUUGAGUGGAGCGAUCUGUUGAACAAUUGAACCUGUGGUUUUGAAUUUGCAUUCAUGCUUGUUGGAUCAAGGUUAUUGCUGUAAAACGCUCGAGGUCCAACUGCCGGAAUCCAGCUGCAGUCCAGUGAAACUGGGUCUCGAACUAAAAUAGUAGUACCAGAUCGGGAUAUCUUCAAAGAAAAAAAAAAGUGCUCCCCGCACUGAUUUUUAAAUAAGUGGCAAAGUGGAAGAAAUUAUCUUCAGCUUAAAUCAAUCUCCAACGCUAUCCCGUGAAAAGGCGUGUGGAAGAAUGCUGAUAAAAGCCGUGGUAGCAAAACAAAUUGAUGUUCCCGCAUUGAAUCAAUUAUUGCUGUUCCCAUCCUAAUAUGUUCAUCAUCUUUUGUACAUAAUCGUGGAUGAACGGCUUCCAAGUUAGUUUUAGGCCGAAAAAGUGUGCGGCUAAUGUCUAUAAGUGAACUAAUCUCACCGCGAAGAAGAGUAGAGCAAAAUCGAAUUAGCUACUACAUGGGUGCGUGUUUGAAAGAGUGAAAACAAAGAGAAAAAAAUCCGACACAUCAGUAGGAAGUGAGGCAUAAAAAUUCAGUCCCAGGUGAUGGACCCGGUUUGAUUUAAUAGAAUCAUUUUGGGGCGAAAAAUUUUGUUCAUCAACUGUGGUGCCGGGACCCUGGGCGCGUGCCAUUUGCGAGGAAUGGGGAUCGCAAUCCUACCGCAAUAAUAAUCAAUCAAAAGUGGACCACAAACGGGGAAAACAAUCAAAUCUGGCCAUUGGCCGCCAGGUGAAAACCAACAAAAGGGAAGCAGAGAUACAAUUCGGACCCGAGAGAUGGGAAAUGCGAUUAGUAGUGCUUAUGAGGCCACGUUGCCCAGAAGGUCUCAACAGCAGCGGCAACAGGAACAGCAAACUCAACACCACAACAGGUACUGUUUCGAUGCCAACUGUAAUGGGAAACGGUGCAACUAUGGGACCUCUGGAGCCUAUACGAUGCCCAGGAUUGGCCAGAGACAUCAAACCGAACAACAACCACAACCGACGCAACAAAAUCCAGAGAGCUCCCGAAUGCUGUUCCUGCUUUACCUGAUACACCGAACGUGGAAUGUUGUGGUGGACAGUGUUGAUACAAAAACGAAAAAAUCCCGUGCCACAAGCUCGUCGAACGAUUCGGGCGCCCCACGCAGCCAGUUGGAUGAAGCUUUCGAUACCGAUGUGAACUUAACCGACUUGGACGAUGACUCCAGUCUGUACGGGUCCCAGUAUUCGUAUUGCAACUGUAGCUACUGCGAGGAGGAAGCAGACCGCAGCCAUUUCGACAACGUCCGGGGCAAUCGGUUCUCUUUCUGCGACAGGUAA